GCUGUUAGCCACAGGGCCUCCCCACGAGGCUGCCCAAGUGUCCUCCCAACUUGGCAGCUGGCUGAUGGCAUUUAGUUCAUGGGCGGGGGUGGCGAGAGCUGCAGCCUCAUCGCUGAAGGUCUCAGCACUGCCCUGCAGCUGUUCGACGACUUCAAGAAGAUGCGGGAGCAGAUUGGCCAGACGCACCGAGUCUGCCUCCUUAUCUGUAACUCACCCCCGUACCUGCUACCUGCUGUGGAGAGCACCACGUACUCGGGGUGCACGACCGAGAGCCUUGUGCAGAAGAUAGGGGAGCGCGGGAUCUACUUCUCCAUCGUGUCUCCCCGAAAGCUGCCUGCUCUGCGGCUUCUGUUUGAGAAGGCGGCUCCUCCGGCCAUGCUGGAGCCACUGCAGCCACCAGCAGACGUGAGCCAGGACCCGCGGCACAUGGUGCUGGUGCGGGGGCUUGUGCUGCCCGUUGGGGGUGGCUCGGCCCCAGGCCCCCUCCAGCCAAAGCAGCCUGUGCCCCUGCCUCCAGCUCCACCCUCAGGCGCCUCACUCUCGGCAGCCCCCCAGCAGCCCCUGCCCCCCGUGCCCCAGCAGUACCAGGUCCCUGGGAACCUGAGUGCAGCUCAAGUGGCUGCUCAGAAUGCAGUGGAGGCUGCCAAGAACCAGAAGGCUGGGCUGGGCCCUCGCUUCUCGCCCAUCAACCCUCUUCAGCAAGCCGCUCCAGGAGUGGGGCCUCCCUACAGCCAGGCCCAGGCUCCCCCACUGCCCCCAGGGGCCCCUGGCGCCCCCAAGCCACCACCUGCUUCCCAGCCCAGCCUAGUCUCCACUGUGGCCCCUGGCCCUGGCCUGGCACCCCCUGCACAGCCUGGGGCACCGUCCAUGGUAGGUGUCAGCCUCCCUGCUUCUGACGCAGUGCAGGGGAGAAGCAGCUGGCCUUUCUGGGGAGGGCCCAAGGGCAUGUGGAUCUUGUUCUGGGACCUCAGGGGCUCAUGGGCUUGUGGUACAGGUGACCCUGAGACUAGUGGGUCUGGAGACAGAAUCAUGGGGCUUGUGGUUCCAGGUGUUCUGAGGAGCCCAAGGGGUCCUGGGAGUCAAGGGCAUCAUGGGGCUUGAGAGUCUUUGAGUCCUGCAG